AUGACACAUGGCCAUGCGUGCAAGCGCAUUAAAUGCGCUGCAAGUACCUUAAAUGCACCCUUUGAGGCCAAGGAGCCUGAGUCAACUCAAACAGAAGAGUCUAGAGUUUUAGAGUUUGCUAACUUUGUAGUUGUAAGAUAUGAGGCUGAGGAUUUUGGUAAGGUCAAGGAGAUUGACAUGGCUAAAGAGCUUGAUAAAACUAAGGAGCCUGACAAGGAUGACGAAUCUAGUAAGCUUGAAGAGCCUAGUAAGAUCGAGGAGCCUGAUAAGGCCGAGGAGCCUAACACAACUAAAGAGACUGAUAAGGCUGAAGAGAUUGGACUGCUUGUUACCUAG